AUGAGCCCCUUAAGUACAGUUAAGUCUUCUGAAAUAAAUAAACCGAUUUCAUAUGCUGCACCGUGUAUAUGCAGAAAUAAUACGACUUAAAUCUUAUGAGAAAACUUUGACAUAUUACGUGAAGCAUUUAAAUAAAUUAAAUUUGUAAGAAUAGAUCAGAACAAAGAAGGUCAAAGUUUAGCCAAUAGAAUUUCCCGUUUCUUAAUGAGCCUAUCACGCCAUCAUGAACUAGUCAUCGGUGGUAUAUUACCAGGAUCACCAUUCUGAUUCUGUUCUGUGUAUAUUUCCAAGCCAAAUGUUUGGAGUAUUUUUGGUACGAUUAUUAAAUAUAACUUUCUUUCUUUGAUAACUGGAUAGUAACUUUCGGUUAACCGUAACUUUCUCAUCUACAUCAUAUAAUAUAUAUGUAAUCUUUAACCACUUCAAGUUUAAGUCUAAAGUAGUUCUUAGUUAGUAGUCUAAAAAUUAAAAGGUUAUACAUAAAUAUAAUAGUUGUUAGUAAUUUUACUUAAAUAAAAAUAUUAUUAUUUAUUAAUAGUUAUUAGUUAGUAUAGUAUAGUAUUAUUAUUAGUAUUAGCGGUCCGUAUUAGCCUUAUUAGCUUAUAUUAAUUAUUAUUAUCAAUUAUCAGGCCCUAUAGACUUCUAUAACUAUAGUUUAGUAGUAUGUAACAUGUAUUAUGUAUACAGUACAGUAGUACAGUUAAUUGUUUAUUCUUGAAAUUUAAAUAGUAAUAGGGUAGGGCUAGGGCCUAUGCCUAUAUGAGUAUAUCCCUGUGAUAUAAUAUUAUUAAUUAUAGGCUAGUCUAAGUCAUAAUUUGUCAUAAGUUAUAAGUCAUAUACAAAGUAUAAGUUACCAAUACUUAUACUGGUACUAAUAAUAAUAAUAAUAGUUUUUAAAAAUAUAUUUUACUUACUUUAAUUUAAACCUUACACUAUACUAUACUAUAGGCUUUGUUAAGCCUAUUUACUAUUAACUAUUAGUAGUAUUGGUCAAUUACUAUUUAUUUGUAGUAAGUCAUUAUAAGUGCCCUCCCUACUUUAAAUUUAAACAACGUCAAUGAUAAUGAUGUCAUUGAUGUGUUUACUGAUUACUGUUGUGUAAAAGUUAUUUUCAACAGUAACAGUUAACUUUUAAAACAAAUUUUUACUAUUACUGUAACUAAUUUUAACUUAGUCUAGUAGUGACUUAUUGCUAUUUUGUAACUGAUUUUAGUUUUAAGAGUAAUUUCAUUAAGACAUUAAUCAUUAAUUAAUAAGUCAAGUCUUUUAUUGUCAAUUGGGGGUCUUUUGUAGUAGUGUAGACUAGUUGUUAGUAGUAGUAGACUAGAAGUAACUUUAUUUAGGAUUUAGGGGCCUAGUAAGAACAAGCAAAUUUUAAUAUUUCUUUUAUAUUGAUUUAAGUUCAACAAUAAAAAAUUGUCCCCUUUUAUUAUAAUAAUAAUAAUAUUGUCUAUAAAUAAUAGUGUAAAUGUGGUUUUUUUUCAGAUUCAGAGGUGUAUGUCAACAAAUUCAACAAUACUCCUAUUUAAAACGUGAAGAAAGAAGAGGCAAAGUUAAUCAAACUACAAGAUAUUAAUAUUUUCUAUGCAGUAGAAAUGAAAAAAAAAGCAUAAUUCACUUAUGUUUUUGUUGAAGCUUUAGCAAUGAUUGAAAACAAAAACUAUUACAAAAAACAGUCAAUCAUGCUACAGCAAUAGGCUACCAUAAUACAUUUUAGGACAUAGACUAAUUACUGCCACUCUAAUUAAAUAUAGUUAAAAAUAAUUUAUAGUGUGUGCUAAAUUUAAUUGUCCUUCUAAUAGCAGAAAGUAAGAAUGUCUGUGCUUAAACUACAAAUCAGUUUUAGGUUUGCAAAACAUCAAAUAUCUUGUACAUAUUUUGGCGGCUCCAUGCCAGUUUGUAUGGAUAAGGACUCCAUAGAUUGUACAAGUAGUCGCCAAAAUGGAACAUUUCAAACGACAAUAACCAAACGCUUUCGAACUGAUGAGGCAGAUAAAACACAAAAGAAAACUAACUCAUCAGCCAUUAUACCACAUGCUAUGGAUUCUUCAUCAUCCAUUACAGGGGAGAAGAAACAGAAGUUACAGCUUGGACUUGCUACUUUAGGGUCAAUGAUUCCAACAAAAUUUGCUGAGUUUAACAAAUAUAUAUCAGAGACAUCCAAAAAGGUAAUGGCUUUGCGUCAAGCAAAUAUAAAUAAUAGCAAAAAUGGGAAUUCUCAGAACCCAAAACACAACAAUGAAAAUACUGCAGACUCCUUAGAAAAAACUGUAAUGCAGAUAAACCAAAGCAUAGUGUCAUUUUAUGACACAUCUUGUGUGAAGGAUAUGCCACAUACUACAACAUUAUCAUCAUAUCCUUCAUCACAUGAUGCUAUCGAAGAUGAGACACCACAAGCAAUUGGACCUUUGUUUCCCAUUACACCGAGCACAGAGGCAAAGAAAAAGAAAGCAGAGGCAAGGAGAGCUGAGAAAAUAUCUAGACUCUCAUUAGAAUCCCGAACUAAAGCUUUAGUGCAGUCUUUGAAGUCAGCCCAUUCUUUAAUGUCCAAGAUAACAAGAACAGAAGAACUAUGUGAGCAUCUCAUGGCUCACCCUGAAUGUGUAUGGGAUGCUGCAAGUGUAAGUGAUGUUUUAAGCAUAUAUUUUUCUUUGACAUUUUAUGCUGGUUUAAUUUUCGUUUUUGUAUCGAUUUCAACAAAAUAUUUAUAUUAGGUCUACACAGGCACUCUUUACGUGUCUUUUACAGGGUACUUUUUUUAGAAUUUAGAAUGUUUUGGGUUUGAGGGGAUGCAGACAAUUCACAAUGUACUUGAAAACUAAUGGCUGAACCCCCUCCCCAAAAAACCCAGAACAUUGUUAAACAUUAUUGCUUGUUUUUCAUUUCUUUGCAAAAACUAGUUAAAUGAUACAAUUAUUUCUUUUAAAAAUAUUUUUAUAUGCUUUCAUAUUUAACUAACAUUUAAAUCUACAUUUUUUUUUAUUAAUAGGAGAAAGUGGUCCCAUGUCUAUUGAGUCUUUCAAAAUCUCCUGAUAAACUUUUAAGAGGGUUAGCUUUUGAAGCUCUGUCUUUAUUAGGUCACUGCAAACGCCUAGCAUCUCCUGGGAUUAGAAUUCUUUCAAUUGAUGGAGGAGGUACAAGGUGAGUUUAUAUAGUUUAGUUUGAUUUUUUUAAUGUUUUAAUUAAGCUGAAAUAGAAGUAAAAUAGAGUUAAAAUACAAUUUACUUUCUUUAAAUACUCAGUCCUGUUAAGUGCAUACAAAGCUAUUUUAGAAAUUAUUUUUAAAAAUUAAUUGGUGUUUACUAUUUUAUUUUCUAUCUCCUAGGGGUUUGGUUGCUAUUGAGUUUUUGAAAGCCUUAGAAAAACAAACAGGGCGUAAAAUCUACCAACUUUUUGACUAUGCGUGUGGUGUCAGCACAGGAGCUUUACUUGCUGCAAUGAUAUGUCUCUAUAAAAUGCCUCUAGAUCGAUGUGAACAGCUCUACAAAGACUGUUCUACUAAAAUGUUUACCAGAAAUAAAGUUGUGGGCACUACUAAAUUAGUUUGGAAUCAUGGGUUUUAUGACUCACACUCCUGGGAAGAAAUUCUUAAGUAAGUCGUAUCUGAAAAGGAAUUUCCUACUGAAUUUAUCUCAUAGAUAGAAAUAUUAGCAAGUUAUUAUUAUUAUAUUUUUCAAAUUCAAUCUAAAUGAGUAACUGUUAAAGUUUGUGAGUGCUUUUAAUAAAAUUUUUGCAAGUUAAUUUAAAAAAACAUUUAUGUUUCUUUAUUGAUUUUAUAAUCCUUUUUAGAAAAGAGAUUGGAGAACGACUGUUUGUGGAGUUUUCACGUGAUCCAGAAGUCCCAAAAAUGUCAGCAGUAUCAUCACUAGUCAGUGCCCCACAACUUACUAACUUCAUGUUUCGCACAUAUAACCACCCCCCUGGUGCAACAUCUCAGUACCCUGGUAGUUGCAAGUACAAAAUAUGGGAAGUGAUUCGAGCCUCCUCAGCUGCACCUGGCUAUUUUGAGGCAUUUCAACAAGGGAGUGAAAUUCAUGAAGUAAUUAUCGUUUCUGUGCUAUGUUCUUUGUCCUUAUUUUAAUGUGAUGACAUUCAAAUUAGUUGGGAAGUGGAGACAUUUUAGGUAAGAGGUCUAAAGAUUGUAAGUUGGCUAAAGAGUGUUAGUUAAAUGUAAUAAGAAGCUUGUUGUUACAGCUAAGUGUCAUUUAAAAUAUUUAUUACAACUUUUUUAUGGACUUUGACAAAAGCUAUCCAGAGAAAUUAUUUAGAAAACUAUAAUUUGGAUCACACUGCAGCAAACAAAUGAUUUAUGAAAUAUGUUUGAUCUCUUUCAGGAUGGUGGUAUACUAACAAACAAUCCAACUGCUUUAGCCAUUCAUGAAAGUAGACUGUUGUGGCCAAAUGAAAACUUUCACUGUGUAGUCUCCCUUGGCACCGGAAGAUUUGAAUCUUUUAAAACAAUACCAGCAGGCAAAGUGACGCUUAAACGCCGCUUCUCUACACUGGUUGACAGUGCUACAGAUACUGAAUGUGAGAAAUUAAACAAAUUACAACAUUCAAUAUCUUACAAUGAAUUUAAAAAAAAAAAGAAUAAUUUAAUUACAAUAUUUAUAUAUUCUGUCCUCAGUGUGUGUUAUAACUUAUCUUACAUUACAAAUUAUCAUCCAUAAGUUGAAUAUAAAUAAAGAGAAAGACCUAUUAGUUUGCUAUUUUGAAGUUUGUAGUACAUAAAUCUUCUCCCUGCUUAUUUAGUUUUAUUUUAUAAUUUAAGUGAACAUAAUGAUCAUAAUGUGUUCCAUUGUAACUUAUAUACACAUUUUUUACAGCUGUUCACUACACACUUCAGGAUUUGCUCCAGCCAAAUACUUAUUUCCGUUUUAACCCCUACCUUUCCGAAGAGUUCUACUUGGAUGAAAUACGUCCUGAAAAAAUGGCUCAGAUGCAACUAGAUGCUCAAAUGUACACACGACGAAACAGUUACAAAUUGAUUGCUGCAUCAGAAAGAUUAACAGAGAGGAGGAAGCCACAACAAAUUAUUGGUGAUGUUAUUAGAAAAGUUAUUGAUCAAAUAUAAAUGGGGUGUUUUAUUAAUAUUUAUAUAUUUCUUUUCUUUUUUCUUUUUUUUUUUUUUUUAUGCGUAAAGGUUGGCGCAUAAGUAAGUCUUUGUAUUAGAGAAUUUUCAAUUUUUGUUUAAGUUAAUGGUUUGAUGGGUUAUUUUUCAAAAUCCAAAACAGAGAGGAGGAAGCCACAACAAAGUAUUGGUGAUGUUAUUAGAAAAGUUAUUGAUCAAAUAUAAAUGGGGUGUUUUAUUAAUAUUUAUAUAUUUCUUUUCUUUUUUCUUUUUUUUUUUUUUUAUGCGUAAAGGUUGGCGCAUAAGUAAGUCUUUGUAUUAGAGAAUUUUCAAUAUUGAGUUAAGUUAAUGGUUUGAUUGGUUAUUUUUACAAAUCCAGCUCAAACUGCUAGAUGUGAUAAUGUUUUAGCGACUGUGAUUUAUAUUUAAUUAUUCUCCAGAAAUUUGUUAAUCUCAGUUUUCUCCAUCAAGUCUGUCUAUUUAUGUUGGCGAAGGUGGUGUUAAAAAAUUGGAUAUUAACCAAAGAUAUGAUAAAGGAAAACAUAUCUAAGAUUGUAAUAGGAAAAAUGAAAAUACACAUUUUAUUUGAAGAUUUGAAACAUUUUACAUGUCAUUAGGACUUAAUAAAUACAUUUAAAUUUGGCUUUAAGUCAUAUUUAUUGUCAUUUAUAUACACAUUAUAUAUAUAGAUAUUGUUAGAGAUCAAAAGCAGGCUGUUUAAAAACCACUACCUCUUGAGCAAAUCAGAUUGAUUUUAUCAUAUGGUUGAUGUUCUGUUCAUACCCAGCAUUUCUCACAUUUAAAACACAAAACUAAGCUUUGUCGUGUUAUUUUAUACGUUGCCUUAUUUUGUUAAGUAACUGAACAUUUUUAUUACUUCAGUAGCUUCAUUUUUGUUCUUUUUUUUGUGUUGCAUUUAUUAUUACACACUUUCAUGUCAUUUCAUAUACUCGAGUUCAUAAUAAACUUAUUCAUCUGUAUAAAAUAACAUUCAUUCAUUGAUGGCAUAAACUUUUCUGACAGAUCGACUUCCUUGUUCUAUACUGAAAUAUAAGAUGUGUUUUUAACCAUAAAAAAAAACAACUCUUCAUGAAGGCAUUGAUUAUACAAAAGCUCAUUUAGUUAUUGAAAGGAGCAAAAUACUGAUGGUCACAGGGUGAGAUAUUUUGUAAAUAUGAGAGGUCAAAGGGUAAGAUAUUUUGUAAAUAUGAAAAAGGGGCUUGUCUUAAAGUUAUAUGAUUAUGUUGAGCUGAAAGGUGCUACAUGUAAGUUGAUGUUAGAUCUGUAUUGUGAUAGCAGGCUUACUUCCUCUGUUUAUCAUUGAAAACACAUUCUGCCAUGCUUAUAUUUUGAAUAGUUCGUCUGUCUACAUAUGAGCCGCAUGUUGCUCUGACAUGGAUUAAGAUACCUGGCUUAGGUAUUUAGUGUAUCCUGAAUGAAUUCUUAAAAUUUUGAUCUUUUCAAUCUCUUCAUUAAAUUUCACUGAAACUCCUUUUCUCAAAGUAAAAAUAUAUUAUGUUGCUAAUCUUGUCCUGUGUACAUUGUAGUUUCAGUUAAUCCGGUGAUUAAUGUUUAAUAAAUGUAAUUAUUUUAAAACUGUGUUACUGUUAUUUAUUCAUUUUUGAUUCGUUGCCUACAUUUAAUGAACUGCAUGCCAUUCUAGAAGUUUGUGAAACAAUGAAAAAAGUAAUAUUAUUUAUUAUUAAAGGAAUAUGGGCAGAUAAAUACUAAGGAAACUAACAAGGAAAUAGCCCAUUUCAUUUGUGCU